GAGAAGUUCUUAAGUUUUUUUUCAAGGUGUUUGGUCACAGGUGCAGGAGCUGUGGAGGUAGUGGAUUAUGUGACUGCUCUUGCUUGUCUUGGCACUGGAGAGUACAAAUGCAUUAUGGGUUUCUGCUUCUUAAACCAACACAAUAAUAUCGAUCCACAAUUAUGAUUUGAUGAUAUCUCCUUACCUGCUUUUAGUAUAUGUUCAGUGAUGGAUAGUGAGGAGUUUAGUAUGUUAUAUACAUGGUUGCUCAUGACUCGUAUGGUUUUUUUCUUCAGUCUUCAUGGUUAUCAUGUUGCACACGAAGAGAAAUUGCCACACCCACAUAUUGUGUCAUCUCAGUCUACUAGUACUUUAGGAAGACACGUUAAUGCAACUUGUGUUGCUGUUAGUUUCUAUAUAAUACACACUUCUGAAGUUUCUUGGUUUUGGUUCCAUCGGAUACCGAAUAUUCGGUAUUUAAACCAAAAUUAACCUGACUAAACCGGAUUAAAUAUUCGGUUUGUCUCAGGCGCGCAUCUUUAACCGAAUAAAAAAACUCUUCUCUCGCCCGCUAUACUCUCUCUUUCUUAUCCGUUAUGGCUUCCGUCGCUUUACCGGCGCUCACCUGCCGGAGCUCAUCAGAACCGACGAAGGAGCUCCGCGUCUGCACCAACCGCACCUGCCGGAAACAAGGCUCCUUCCAGAUCCUCGAGACGCUAACCUCCCUCGCGCCUCCCCAGCUCCGAGUCAAUCCCUGCGGCUGCCUCGGCCGGUGCGGCUCGGGUCCGAACCUCGUCGCUCUACCCCAAGGCCUCUUCCUUCGUCACUGCGCCACGCCUUCUCGAGCUGCUGAGAUCCUGUUCACCCUAUGCGACGGCGGCCGCGAAGCUUCCUCUUCCUCCUCCUCCUCCUCCGCCGCCGUCGCUGAGGCUCUCGCCGCUUUAGCGUUAACCAACAAUGCUCUCUCUCAGAUCGAAUCUGAAAACUUCGGAGAUGCAGAAUCACUUCUCACAAAGGCUUUAGAGAUGAAACCAUACGGUGGCUUGCAUAGAAUCUUCAAACACAGAGCAGUAGCGAAACUAGGAAUGCUUGAUUACUCUGGUGCUCUUGAAGAUAUAAGCCAAGCUCUAGCUUUAGCUCCCAACUAUCCUGAGCCCUACGUUUGCCAAGGUGAUGUUUACGUUGCACAAGGUCAAUAUGAUCUCGCUGAGAAGUCAUACUUGAAAUGUUUGGAGAUUGAUCCUACCCUUCGCAGAUCAAAAUCAUUCAAGGCGCGGAUUGCAAACCUUCAAAAGAAAGCUGUUGAAGCAGAUGUAUCCUGACAUUUGGAGUUGUGUUGGAUGGAUAUAGCUCACUGCAUGUCUGUCACUUUAAGGGUAAUUUCUUUUGUCUCUGUCAAGACCGUUACAGUAAUGUCUCUUUCUUUGGGUAGAGGGGUUUUCAAGAGUUCCAAAGUAUGUUGUAUAGGUUAUUAGUAUAUUAUCAAGUGGUAAUGAGAUUACCCUUUCUAUAUUAUUCAAGCUCAUGAUAUAUAAUUAUUCAAGUAAAUGACAUUAUUUUUGGUACUA